GGAAAAGAAUGAAAAAGUGAUUCAGAGCAUUGCUCUAAACAUUAUUUUAAGGGCUAUUAAGGUCUUACUACAUGAAAUCCUGAAAUCAGCCCCCAAAGCCUUUCAAGAAAGACUGUAGAUAUACCAUAGUAAAAAAACAGCAAGCAGUUCAUCAUUCCAUUCCUGCCAAAACCUGACAGAGACUGAGAACUUUCUCUUCCUGCUUUGCUUACACAGUUCAUAUCUCAUGGAUGUUUCCUAAAGACACGCUGGGAGGAGGAGGUAUAGGCUCUGAACAUGCCUCAUGGUGAUGGUGGCUCUAACAGAGCACUCACAGAGAAGUGAAUCAUCCACGCCCCAACGCAACCAAACCAUUUACUUCCCAAAAGUUACCUUCCACAAAUGGCUGGAAGCCAGUCUAAACUCCCAAUUUGGAGUAAAAGAUGGAACAUGGAGUAGGAAAAUCUGCAGUGAUGUUCACAGGAUCAGAAAGCAAGGAAACCUGGCUUUCUGGUGGUAUGGUUAGGACAGAGAUUUGGGACAACAGUAAUUCUAAAUCAUGGGGUUUGCACUGAAUACAGUGACUGUAUGUAUCAUAACAAGAGUCUGUGGCCUCCCUCUCUCAAACUGCUGUGUUCUAACACACAAUAGUGAGCCUAUUUAGCUCUUUCAAAGAAGAGAUGCCUGACAGACAUCCUGAAGCACACCCUCUACCUGGCUUUUUUAGGAAAAAAAAAAUAAUCUUUUAGAGAAUAUUUUCUAGGAGUGAAUUAAACACAAUCUUUGACUCUUUCCAUUAAAAAAAUAAUGAAGUUUUGCAGCAACUGAAGUACACUGGCGUAAUUUUUGUUUUCCUUUUUCUUUCUUUCCUUUUUCUUUUCCCUGAAGGAUUUAUUUUCUCUUUCCGGAGAAGAAAAGAUGUUUGAUAAUCUCAGACUCGUUUGCUUGAUUUCGUGGUUUAUGAUGCUACUUCAUCACUUGUAUGCUGACCUCCAGUGCACAGGAUCAGAGGCACAAGACUCACCUAUUAGAAACGUGAAAAUGAACUGGGGAACAAUGGAAUUGUCUUGGGAAACCAGCAAGAAAUUCUCCAAGUACAAAUGUACAAUCAUGGACAGGGAAAUGGAGACUGUAGAGGAAGAGGUGAGUACUACACUAUGCCAGUUUCCAGUGGAACAAUAUCUGCCUUUGCAUGAAGGAGUAUUCUUGACCAUUGAAGUGCUGAACACAAAUAUCUCAAAAAGCUGUACCUUUAUCCCUGAAGGUGUGAAUGGAUCAGCCAUUGAAAACUUCUCCUGUGUGAUUUACAACAUUUCCUUCAUGAACUGCACUUGGCAGGCGGGCAGGGCUGCUCCAGGAGAUACCCAGUACUUUCUCUACUGGCAGAACUCGAGAUAUGACGAUGCGGUGGAAUGUGAACUUUACAUUAAAGAUGAAAAUGAGAGAAACGUGGGAUGUAGAUUCCAAAAUGUGAGGAUAAACACUCCAAUAGCUUACUUCCUGGUGAAUGGGUCUAGCAACGACUCCCUGAUCCAGUUCUAUGAUAAGUACAUUGAACUGUACAAAAUUGAAAUACUCACUCCUCCAUUAAAUGUCACUGUCAACUGCACUGGAGAUUCAGUGGGUUGCAUAGUUACAUGGCAACCACCCAUUACAAGUCAUGGGGAGAAAAAAAAUUGCUUACAAUAUGAAAUUGACAUACAAAAUAAGGAUCAGCCCAAAGAAGAGAAAAAGGAUCGCCCUGUGACAGUAACUACUGAGAGAUACGAAUUCCAAAAUUACAAUGAGAAAAAAAAAUACAUUCUGAAAAUCAGAGCACGUGGAAACAACUGUCUCGCAAGCUCAAAUUGGGGGGAAUGGAGUCAACCCGUUGAGUUUGGUCGAGGGAAAGAUUACUUCGUUUUUGUGAUUUUUUUUCUGACAGCACUUGGAACAAUCUCAGUAACACUGCUCCAAUAUUGUCUUUUCAAAAGGUAUUGCAGUUUAAAAGGCAUAUUUCCUCCCAUUCCACAACCAAGAGACAAACUUAAUGCAUCAGCUGAAGAAGAUAUCCAGGUAUGCUUUCUUUCAUUUCAGUCUAAUUUGCUAGCUAUAAAUCACAAUAGGCCAAACACCAGAAUAAUUGAUAUAUAAAGAUGAGCACUGAAUUUGGUCCAUUAAAGAUGAAUUUUCUCCCAUGUAAAGUAUACUGUUUUGAUACUAGAAGUGCUCUACGCCAGUGUUGAGACAAGUGAUUAUCCUGUACAUAUUUGCAGCCAUAUUUUAAGACCAGAGUUGUAACUGCUACUGAGAUCAACAGUUUCUGCGUGUACUAGUUUUUCUAGGUUUCUGUUCAUGCUUUGGAAACAACCUAAGCAAGAAAGCAUUUGCCAUUAGCAUUUUCAAAUGUCAAUGAUCAUAAUACAACAUGAAUAUAUAUUUUAUGCCUGACCUACACCUAUGUGAAAAAAGCCCUGUUGCACUGAAUCAUGAAAAGCAGGGCUGGACAGUCUCAUCAGGCUCACUAGCCUUCCUCUUUGCUUCAGCAUAGGAUUAGGUAUGACAGUUUUGAUGUUCUGUGCAAACUAUGUUUGGCUGAUAUUCUGUAGCAUCUCUAUGCAGUCUAUUCAAAUGUUUUUAUUAUCAUUACUUUUGGAAAGCUUUUUCUUUUUUAAAUUAUGUUUUACUGCACUUAAAAUCCAUUAUAUCUUAUCCUUAUUCCUUUCAUGUGCACAUCAUCUUGUACAUUUGCAUACUGUCAACAGCAACUAACACUUCCAGACUUUCUUCAUGUGUCAUAACAAUCAGGCUUCACACCAUUCAUGCUUCUUUUCUAAUUAGUCCAUUUGAAUAGUGGUUUUUAUCUGCGUAGUAAGCAAACACCUUGUACCAGCUGGCUAAAGCAAAGAUGUACUUUAAGCCAAUAAAUCAGGCUAGUUGUUUAUUGCCUACAACAUUCUGGUGGGCAACAACACCUUUUCAGUAAGGGUUUCAAGUGACACAGACAUUUUCCUUCAACUCUUUAUAAAGAAUUCUCAAAGCUAUUACUACUAAAACUGUCUGGGUUUGGUAACUCUGUACCAGCACAUUGUCCUAAUUUAUUUGUCUUUGGUCCUGCCAUCUUUGGCUUUAAUAGAAAACAGCAGUGACAGAAGGUAGUGAUGUAACUUUGAUGAGUUUCCUCAUACACGUUAAUUCAUAAAUACUCACUAUAUCACUUAAUAUCAGGCUGCCAGAGCUAAGGCUACAAAGCAGCAGCGGUCCAGAGUCCAUCAUAUUAUUAAAUAGUAAGUGGUAUUGCCAUAGCAAGCAGUCCUUCAAAAACAUAAGACUUUCCAGACUGCUUGCUUUUGCUAAACUUGAGAUGUUUCCAAAUCCCUGUGCAUAUACAACCAGAAUUUCUAGAUUGUUCCACUACAACUCAGAAGCCUUUGUGGAUGUGGCUUUGGAAACAGUGACACCGUCACUUCCAUGCAGGCAGCAACUUAUCAGCAGUAAUCGCCCCAGUUCAAGUGAAGCCCUCAUCUCAGGUUGCCUCAUACCUGCCAACAUUCAAUGUAAAGAUAAUUUGUAAGUAUCAAACAUGUCCAAACAGUUUCUAGGCUCUUCUUUGCCUAUUUUAAUCUACUCUUAAGGCACAGAUUUAUUUUAUCUCUUCUCUCCACACUCAGGUGUCUUUAAAACCGAUUGAAAGCUGUAAUCCUUCAAGGUGGAUAAUAGAGCACAAACAGAUUUUCUGAGCUCUCCUCCACCGAAUACCAAGUCUACCUCAUCUUGACAUUUAGUGCCAAUACAUCUAAGAGUUAUUGUGAAACCUGUCAUGUACUUUGCUAAUAACACCUUUUUAAACACCUUGCAUUUCCUCAUUUCGUCCCCACUUACUCAAUGACCUUUCACAUUUUCUCAUUAUUUGUCCUGUUUCACAGUACUUUUCCUUAGAUGACUGAAAACCCUCAUGAUUUACAACCCUAACCCUUCUGAUAUGAGUUUGCACUUGUAUCUUUAAUACUCUUGUCAAGGAACUGCCUGUUUUCCUAUUUACUGUGGGUAAAACCUUUUUAACCAAUCCACUCAGUGCAUCUGGCACCUUGCAUUCCAAUACAUUUUAUUUCCUCAAAUUCCUUCACUUUUUGGUAAUUUUCACUGAAACGCUUUCCUCACCCUCACUCAGAACUGUGGUUUAAUACUUUGCCUUCCUCCUUUCCUGAAUUAAAUACAUUCCAAAAAAACUGGAAGUCAUACUGUGUGCAGAUGCAUUUUCCUCAACUGUGUAACGUAAAACACCAUGACCACAGAACCCUGCAGUGUUUACCAGUCCCAGAUUUCCUACACAAAAUUCCCCACAAACAUGUGCUGGUUUGAUGUUCUGUAACAUGCACACAAUGAUAGCAACACUGCUUUUCUUUUUUCUCCUUCACCCCACUACCCCUCCAGUACUAUUCCUUCCACUUUUUAAAAAAAUCAAAAUUAUCCCCCCUCAAAUAUUUAAGCCUUGUAUUAUAGAUCUUAGCAACUUCCGCUUGUGUAGAUUUCCAGGUUAAACAAAGAAAAAAAAUAAUGUGUUAACAACAAAAAUGUUUUCUAAGCCUAACUAAUGACUACAUAGGGAAAACUCAGGCAAUACUCACCAAAUCAGUUUCUUCUACUGUCUCAUUUAAAGUUGUCCAGCACUUAAAUCGACUAUUUUCUCCUCCUUUGCAAGCAUUUCUGGUGUAUUAAAGUAGCAACACGAGCUGCCUUUAGUAUUGGCGUAUCUUACAAUGCUCUCCUAUCAUCAACAGUGACUCUGCAGUUUAUUACAUGUUACAGAACUUUCUUUUCUCUUUAGACAGAAAAUGUAGAUCUGCCAAAACCAAGUUAUACCGAGGAAAUAACUAUGGUUGAAGAGAUAAUCUAACUUUGCCCCCCGAAAACACUCUUGGAUUCCCCAACAUGAAAAAAAAACCAUGAAUCUU